AUGGCCACUACCCAUUCCAUCAUCUCUCUUGUUGUGGGAAAACUCAGUGAUCUUCUCCUUCAAGAAGCUAUCUUCUUGUAUGGAGUGCGUGGCAAUGUCGAAUGGAUGGAACAAGAACUAAAGCGAAUGCAAUGCUUCUUAGAAGAUGCAGAUGCAAAACAAGGAGAUGGGAGAGUGAAGAACUGGGUGCAGGAUGUAAGAGACAUAGCAUACGAUGUCGAGGACGUCAUCGACAUGUUCAUCUUCAGAAUAGCACCCCUGAGGAAAGGAGGAUUAAUCAUGGAAAGCCGUGCGAUCUCAGAAAGCCGGUCGACUUACGGCAUCGAAAGCAUUGGAGGGACGAGCUCUAGCUUCCAAGACUGGAGACUCACUUCUCCUAAUGUUCAAGAACCAGAUUUUAUUGGUUUUGAGAAAGAUAUGGAGACAUUAGUCGAACAGUUGAUGGAGGGAGAGCUGCGGCGUUGUGUUGUUUCUUUAGUCGGAAUGGGCGGUCUCGGUAAGACGACUCUUUCUAAGAAAAUCUAUAACAAUGAGAAAGUUAAGAAAUAUUUCAACUUUCAGGCAUGGAUUUUUAUUUCACAAGAGUAUUCUGUGAGAGAUCUUUUGCAGAAUAUCGUAACCAGCUAUAUGGUGAUUUCCAAAGAAGAGCUGAAGAAAGUGGAGAAAAUGAAUGUUGCAGAGUUGAGAUAUAAAAUUUCUGAGAAUUUGAAAGAGAAAAGAUAUCUGAUGGUAUUAGAUGAUAUAUGGAAAAAUGAAGCAUGGGAUGCUAUGAAGGAUGCUCUUCCAGAUAUGAAUAAUGGAAGUAGGAUCAUGCUCACCACUCGCAACAAAGACGUAGCUUUAUAUGCAGAUGCGCAAAGCUCACCGUAUGAAUUACAGUUUCUAAAUGAAGAUGAGAGCUGGAACUUGUUCUGUAAGAAAACAUUCCCAAAACAAGAUACGAGUUGCCCUCCAGACUCGCAGAAAUUGGGGGGAGAGAUUGUGGGGAAGUGUCAAGGCCUACCUCUUGCAAUCGUUGUCAUUGGAGGGCUACUAUCAAGGAAAGAAACAAAAGAGUGGGAGAAAGUACUGAAGAGCAUUAGCUGGCAAUUUGUUGAAGGACAGCCCCAGAUCUAUAGAAUAUUAUCUUUGAGCUAUAAGGAUCUGCCCUAUGAAUUGAAACCUUGUUUUCUCUAUUUGGGCAUUUUUCCAGAAGAAUAUGAGUUUUCAGCUGAGAAAUUGAUUCAUUUGUGGGUUGCAGAAGGAUUCUUACAAGAGAGAGGACAUGAAACAUUGGCAGAAGUAGGAGAAGAUUUUCUAAUAGAGUUGAUUCAGCGGAGUAUGAUUCAAGUUGCAAAAAGAAAUUCCAGCAGUGGUAUUAAAAGCUGCCGUAUCCAUGAUCUUUUGCGAGAUCUCUCCAUAACAAAAGCAAUGGAAAAUAAGUUUCUUGAAGUUCAUCAUGGCAACACAAAUGUUCCUUCAUCCAGAGCCCGUCAACUCGCAGUUCAUCAGGCCAUAUCUAAGUAUGUACACUUCCUUAAACUGCUCUACUCUGCACUUUCGAGCGCUGUUGUUAUUCACCCCAGACAGAGAUAA